AGAUUGCUAUAAACUUGUUUUGAAUUCCUGGAAAUGGGAUGAUACCGAAGAAUGUCACCUUCGAUCCUAUUCUCUGGUGGAAUCAGUUAAAAAGCUGGAAUAACAUUCGCUUUUCCGUGGUAAUCCCCGGGAUCUUAUCUGCUCGGGAACUGUCGAAUCCAGCUGGUCUGGUCAGUUGAUGAUUACUGAAGUGUCAUCAUGAUGAGAUCUGCUGCACUAUUGUUUCCUGUACUGCUUUUACAGCUUUUAAACAGCAGUGAAGGAAAUAGGAAGAAAGAACCAGUAUCAUCAAUGCAGUUCACAGAACAUCUUUAUAAUGCAUAUAUUUAUGAGAAUUCUGCAGCCAAGACCUACUUAGAAAGUUAUGUAAAAAUGGGUAUUUACAUCACAAAUCCUUCAUCGGAGUUUCGGUAUAAAAUUAUUUCUGGAGAUCAUGAAAAUCUGUUUAAAGCUGAAGACUACAUUCUUGGGGAUUUCUGUUUCUUGCGUAUUAGGACCAAGGGAGGGAAUACUGCAGUCUUAAACAGAGAAGUGAGGGACCACUAUCUGUUGAAUGUUAAAGCAGUUGAGAAAAAAACAAGCACUGAAGCACGGACAAAGGUUAAAGUCCAUGUUUUAGAUACGAAUGACUUGAGACCUUUGUUUUCACCAACCUCAUACAGUGUGUCUUUGGCAGAAAACACAGCUCUGAGAACCAGCAUAGCCAGAGUCAGAGCCACUGAUGCUGACAUCGGUACAAAUGGAGAGUUUUAUUACAGUUUUAAGGAUAGGACGGAUAUGUUUGCCAUUCAUCCCACCAAUGGUGUGAUUACCCUUACAGGCAGGUUGGACUACACUGAGACAAAACAAUAUGACUUGGAAAUCCUUGCGGCUGACCGCGGCAAGAAAUUAUAUGGCAGCAGUGGAAUUAGCAGCAUGGCAAAGCUUACUAUUCAUGUGGAACAGGGAAAUGAAAAUGCACCAGUCAUCACAGCUGUUACCCUUACCCCUUCAGACAUGGACAAAGAUCCAACAUAUGCAAUUGUAACCGUAGAAGAUGAGGACCCAGGAGUCAAUGGAGAAAUAGCUUCUUUAAAUAUUGUGGCAGGUGAUCCACUGCAUCAGUUUAAGGCUAUGAGGUCAAGCCCUGGUAGCAAAGAAUAUCGAAUUAAAGCUGUUGACCAAGUUGAUUGGGAAAGCCAAUCUUCUGGAUAUAAUCUGACACUUCAAGCUAAGGACAAAGGAAGCCCUCCUCAGUUUUCUUCUGUGAAAGUUAUCCAUGUUAUCUCUCCACAGUCAAAAUCUUUGCCAUGUAGAUUUGAGAAAGCUGUUUAUGAAGCCAGACUGAAUGAGUUUGCACCCCCUAAUUCUCCAGUUGUAAUGGUUACAGCUAGUCCCAAGUAUCCACAGAUCAAGUUUGCUUUCAAAUAUCAUGCUGAUAAGUUUCAUAUUAACCCUGACACUGGUCUCAUCACUACUAACGGCUUUAUUAAAGCACAUGAAGCUUCUCACUAUGAACUUGAAGUUAUAAUUGUUGACAAACAAGCAUCAACAAAGGUAGUUGUUUAUGUAAUAGAUAUGAAUGAUAAUGCUCCUGAAUUCAAGCAGUCAUCGUAUAAGGCCAGUGUCAGCGAAAAUGUACCAGUUGGUACCAGUGUUCUGACUGUGAGUGCCACCGAUGUUGAUAGUGGUGAAAAUGGGUACGUAACGUACAGCAUAGCCAACUUGAAUCCGCCACCUUUUGUGAUAGACUAUUUCACUGGAGACAUCAGUACCUCAGAGGAACUGGAUUAUGAAUUGAUGCCAAGGGUUUAUAAUUUGAGAGUUCGUGCAUCUGACUGGGGCUCACCGUAUCGUCGUGAAGUUGAAGCACUUGUAACUAUUUUCUUAAGCAAUAUAAAUGACAACAAGCCACUGUUCGAGAAGGUGAACUGUAUAGGUACAAUACCGAGGGAUCUAAAUGUUGGUGAGCAGAUUGCUACCGUAUCUGCUAUUGAUGCAGAUGAGCUACAACUGGUAAGAUACCGGAUAGUAUCAGGGAAUGAAUUAGAUCUGUUUGAUUUAAAUCCCAACUCUGGUGUUCUUGUGUUGAAGCGGGCUCUAACAGAUGAACUUGGCCUCCAAAGAUCUUUUUAUAGCCUACAAAUCACAGCUACAGAUGGGGAGAACUUUGCUACUGCAAUGUACAUCAACAUCACUGUAGCAACCAGUCGUAAACAAGUUAAUCUGCACUGUACAGAGACAGGAGUGGCUAAACACUUGGCAGAAAAGCUUCUCCAGGCAAAUAAGAUCCACAAUCGUGGAGAUGCUGAAGACCUGUUUUCUGACAAUCAUUCAAUUAACCGCCAUGCACCACACUUUGGUUCUUUUCCAACUGUAAUUGAAGUUAAAGAAGACAAACCAGUGGGAACAAACUUAUUGUUUAUAAAUGCUACAGAUCUUGACAAUGGCUUCAAUGGGAAAUUGGUCCAUGUAAUUUCGGGAGGUGACCGUGACAGCAGAUUUAUUGUUGAUCUGGAAAUGGGAUGGCUAAAGGUAUUCACUCCACUUGACAGGGAAAAAACUGAUCAUUACACGCUUAAUAUAACUGUUUAUGAUCUUGGGAUACCUCAGAAGUCUGCUUGGCGUCUAUUAGAUGUGAACAUACUGGAUGCAAAUGAUAACAGUCCAGAAUUUCUGCAGGAUAUGUACUCAGAAGAAGUGAGUGAAAACAAAGAUGUGGGCAGUGAAAUUAUUCAGCUUGAAGCAACAGACAGAGAUCUAGGUGCCAAUGGAGAAGUCAGAUACUCUAUUCUGACAGACACAGACAUGUUUGCAAUUGAUAGCGUAACUGGAAUUGUGAAGGUUAUAGGGUUGCUGGAUAGAGAAAAAAACCCUGUCUACUUACUGAAAAUUGAAGCCAGAGAUCAAGCUAAACAGGAGCCACAACUGUUCUCAACGGUGUUGUUGAGAGUGACUUUGGAAGAUGUAAAUGACAGUCCACCUGAGUUUAUUCCUCGAAACUACCACAUUAAAGUUCGAGAAGACCUUCCAAUAGGAACAGUUGCAAUGUGGCUGGAGGCCUAUGAUCCUGAUGUUGGACACAGCAGUCAGGUACGCUAUAGCCUGAUAGACAAUGGAGAAGGAUAUUUUGAUGUGGACAAACUAAGUGGAGCUCUACGUAUUGUGCAAAGGCUAGACUUUGAGAAGCAGCAAUUGUAUAAUCUGACUGCUCGAGCGAAAGAUAAAGGACGGCCAAUUUCUCUAUCUUCAACAUGUUACAUUCAAGUGGAAGUAGUGGAUGUAAAUGAGAAUUUAUACCCUCCUGUCUUUCCUUUCUUUGUGGCUAAUGGAUCUGUUAGAGAAGAUGUUCCUAUUGGUACACCUGUAAUGACUAUAACUGCUUAUGAUAAUGAUAGAGGCAGAGAUGGAGAAAUUAGAUAUUCCAUAAGAGAUGGAUCUGGACUUGGAAUCUUCAAAAUUGAUGAAGAAAAAGGCAUAAUAAAAACGACAGAACUUUUAGACCGUGAAACUACUCCACAUUACUGGCUAACAGUCUAUGCCACAGACCUGGGAGUGGUGCCUCUUUUCUCCUUCAUUGAAGUGUACAUCGAAAUUGAGGAUGUUAACGAUAAUGCUCCACAGACAUCUGAGCCAGUUUAUUAUCCUGAAAUCACAGAAAACACACCCAAAGAUGUGUCAGUUGUACAGAUUGAGGCGUCUGAUCCAGACUCCAGCUCCAAUGACAGGCUAAACUUUAAGAUUACUGGUGGCAACCCACAAGGUUUCUUCCUCAUAAAUCAGAAGACUGGAUUGAUUACAACAACAUCACGAAAACUAGAUCGGGAACAGCAGGCAGAGCAUAUCCUUGAGGUGACAAUUACUGACAAUGGCAGCAUCCCAAAAUCUACCAUUGCUAGAGUUAUAGUGAAGGUUUUGGAUGAAAAUGACAACAAACCUCAGUUCUUGCAAAAGUUCUAUAAAAUCAAACUUCCAGAGCGAAUAAAACCAGAACGAGAUAAAUCAGUUAAGCGGGAACCCAUCUUUAGAGUAAUCGCUGCUGAUAAAGAUGAGGGCCCAAAUGCAGAGAUAUCUUACAGUAUUGAAGAGGGAGAUGAACAAGGCAAGUUCUUCAUUGAGCCUAAAACUGGCGUUGUCUCAUCUAAGAAGUUUUCUGCAGCUGGGGAAUAUGAUAUUCUUACAAUAAAAGCUGUGGAUAAUGGACGCCCUCAGAAAUCCUCGGCAACUCGGCUGCACAUUGAAUGGAUUGUGAAACCCAAGCCAUCCCCUUUGCCAUGGAAUUUUGAAGAAUCUUCAUUUUUCUUUAGUGUCAUGGAGAGUGAUCCAGUUACUCACAUGGUUGGAGUCAUUGCUGUUGAACCUGCUGGCACUACCCUCUGGUUUGAUAUCACCGGUGGCAACUAUGACAGCCGAUUUGAUGUGGACAAAGGUAGUGGAACCAUCAUUGUUGCGAGACCACUUGAUGCAGAACAGAAAUCAAAUUACAAUUUGACAGUGGAGGCAACAGAUGGAACAAUGUCCAUCCGCACUCAGGUAUACAUUAAAGUAAUUGAUACAAAUGACCAUCGGCCUGUGUUUUCAAAACCAAAAUAUGAAGUAAAUAUCCCAGAAGACACAAUUCCUGAAUCAAUAAUUCUGCAAGUUAGUGCCAGUGAUAAGGAUGAGAAGAACAAGAUGAUUUAUAUUCUUCAAAGCAGCACAGAUCCAAGCAGUCUGAAAAAAUUUAGGCUGGAUCCUGGGACUGGGAUUCUCUUUACAGCUGAAAGGCUGGACCAUGAGACCAAGCAUCAGCAUGUGCUUACUGUAAUGGUUCGAGAUCAAGAUGUUCCUGUCAAACGCAAUUAUGUGAGAGUCAUUAUCAAUGUUGAAGAUACCAAUGACCAUGCACCAUGGUUUACAAGUUCUUCGUAUACUGGUCGUGUGUAUGAGUCUGCUGCAGUUGACUCAGCGGUGCUCCAGGUUACUGCACUGGAUAAAGAUAAAGGCCGAAAUGCAGAAGUUACUUACUCUAUUGAAUCAGGAAAUACUGGCAACAGUUUUGCCAUUAAUCCAAUUUUAGGUACUAUUAUCGUCGCAAAAGAUCUGGAUCGUAGUACACGGAGGCAGUAUGAACUCGUUGUCAAAGCAACCGAUGGAGGACAGCCUCCAAUGAGUACAAUUACUACUGUUCGCAUCUUUGUGACCAUUUCAGAUAAUGCAGCACCCAAAUUUGCAGUAAUAGAGUACUAUGCAGAGAUAAGUGAAGGGGCAAGCAUUGGCAGUUUUGUUAUCCUGGCAACUGCAUCCAGUCAAUCAUCUAUUGUUUAUGAAAUAAAAGAUGGAAAUACAUACGGUGCAUUUAAUAUCAACCCUAACUCGGGUGUCAUAAUCACUCAAAAGGCACUUGACAAUGAAGGACUGGCUUCAUACCGGCUUAUAGUUCAAGCUACGAAUAUGGCUGGCUUGUCUACCAAUAUCACUGUUUUGAUACACCUGCGAGAUGAAAAUGACAACAUGCCAGUCUUCACUCAGUCAGAAUAUAUAGGAAUCAUUAGUGAAUCUGCCCAUGUCAACAGCGUUGUUCUGAAUGACAAAAAUACUCCCCUGGUAAUUCAAGCCACAGAUGCUGAUGAAGGAUCCAACGCUCUUCUGUUUUAUCAGAUUGCUGAACCAUCUGCCCAAAAAUAUUUUGCCAUUGAUUCCAGCACAGGUGCUAUUCGUGCAGUGCUAAAACUAGACUAUGAGCAGACCAGUAUUUUUCAUUUCACUGUGCAAGUGCAUGACACUGGAAACCCACAAUUAUUUGCAGAACAUGCAGCAAAUGUUACCAUUCAUGUGAUUGAUGUAAAUGAUUGUCCUCCAGUAUUUGUUCAGGAUAUGUAUGAGGUGUCUCUCCUUGUGCCAACAUAUAAAGGAGUGAGAGUGACUGUUGUAAAUGCCACAGAUGCAGAUUCGGGUUCAAAUGCGGAUCUAAUUUAUUCCAUUAUUGAUGGUAACAUAGGUGAGAAGUUUUCUAUUGAUGUAAAGACAGCACUUAUUUCAGUGCAAAACAUGACUCACUUGAGGAGCAGAUAUGAGCUUACAGUUCGAGUUAGUGAUGGCAGAUUUUCAAGCACAACAUCAGUGCACAUAAAUAUAAAAGAAAGCAAAGAAAGCCACUUGAAAUUCACACAAAGCUCAUAUUCUGCUGUGGUAAAGGAAAACUCUACAGAAGUUAAAACUAUAGCCAUUAUUACCACAAUGGGCAAUGAAAUGAAUGAACCGUUAUUUUACCAUAUCCUUAACCCUGAUCGAAAGUUUAAAAUAAGUCACACUUCAGGUGUUCUUGCAACUACAGGAAUUCCAUUUGAUCGUGAAGAAAAGGAAGUCUACGAUGUGGUGGUUGAAGUUAGUGAAGAAAAGAAAUCAUCAAGAGUUGCUCACGUUGUAGUAAAGGUUACUGUUGAAGACAUUAAUGACAAUGCUCCGAUUUUUAUCAACAUGCCUUAUUAUGCUGUGGUCCAAGUUGAUGCUGAAGUAGGCCAUGUUAUUCGCCAAGUUGCAGCUAUAGACAAGGAUGUUGGUAAAAAUGGCGAAGUUUCUUAUUACCUUAAAAAACACCAUGAACAUUUUCAGGUAGGACCAACAGGGGAAAUAUCCCUAAAGAAGAUUUUUGAACCCAACCUAUCAAAUGUGGAAUACGUUAUUAUUGUUAUAGCAAAAGAUGGAGGCGAGAUAUCACUUUCAGCAGAAGUUGAAGUGCCCAUCACUGUUAUAAACAAAGCCAUGCCUGUAUUUGAAAAACCAUUCUACAGCAUUGAGAUACCUGAGGAUAUUCAGCUGCAUACUCCUGUCGUAUAUGUACAGGCUAACAGUCCAGAAGGCCCUCGUGUCAUUUACAGCAUCACAGAUGGAGAUCCUUUCAAUCAGUUUACAAUCAACUUCAACACAGGAGUUGUAAGUGUAAUUAGCUCACUAGACUUUGAGAUGCAUCCAGCUUAUAAGUUAACUGUAAGAGCAACAGACUCAUUGACCGGAUCUCAUGCUGAGGUAUUUGUCGAUAUUGUGGUAGAAGAUGUUAACGAUAAUCCUCCAGUGUUCACGGAGAGGAAAUACACUGCCACUCUAUCUGAGGCCUCUGUGGUAGGUACAUCUGUGGUUCAGGUUAUUGCUACAGAUUCGGAUUCUGGAAUGAAUAAAGUUAUUUAUUAUCAAUUGGUAGAAGAUGAGACCAAAAGCUCAGAAUAUUUUCACAUUGACAGCACCAGUGGCCUCAUUUUGACAGCACGGAUGCUUGAUUAUGAACAGAUUCAGCAGUUUAAUCUCCUUGUUAGAGCCUUGGACAGUGGAAAGCCUCAACUUAGUAGUGAUAUUAUUUUAACUGUCCACAUCACUGAUUUGAAUGACAACCCACCAUUGUUCAAUGAAUUGCUGUACCAGGCCUCUGUAAGUGAGCCUGUAACACGUGGGCAUUUUGUAACACAUGUGCAGGCCUCUGAUGCAGAUAUUUCUGAUGUGGAGAAACUUCGAUAUUCAAUUGUGUCUGGCAAUGAACAUAUGAAUUUUGCAAUUGAUAGUAAGUCAGGCAUUAUUACAGUUGCAAACUUGCACAAGCAGAAUCUGGAGGCAGUUUAUAAUCUUAGUGUAUCUGUAUCAGAUGGUGUUUUUAGAAGCUCAGCAAAAGUUCGGGUAAGCAUUAUUACUGCUAAUUUCCAUAAUCCUGUUUUUGAUCAAACUAACUAUGAAGUAGAAUUGGCUGAAAAUUCUGAUGUUGGUACCCUGGUGAUUGAAGUAAAGGCAACCGAUGAAGACUCUGGUACAUAUGGGCACAUAAGUUAUUUCAUUGUUAAUGACUUUGCAAGCGAUAAAUUUUUUAUUGAGCAGAAAGGAAAAAUUUUCACAUCAGAGAAAUUGGAUCGUGAGAACCCAGUAGAGAAAGUGAUCAUCGUCAGUAUUAUGGCAAAAGAUGGUGGUGGUAAAGUGGCUUUCUGCAAUAUUAACGUCAUACUUACUGACGAAAAUGAUAAUAUGCCUCAGUUCCGAGCUACAGAGUACAUGGUAAACAUUGGGUCAUAUGCUCCGAAAGGUUCUUCAGUCAUUAAGAUUAUAGCAUCAGAUGCUGAUGAAGGGAGUAAUGCGGACAUUGUCUACACCAUUGAGGCAGAUUCUGGCAAUGUUGAAGAAAACCUUCAAAUUGAUUCAUUUUCUGGGCUCAUCAGCACCAAAGAAAGUCUGGUUGGACUAGAAAACAACUUUUAUACUUUCUUUGUAAGAGCUAAAGAUGGUGGCGUGCCACAGCAGGAAUCUGUUGUCCCUGUCUAUGUUAGAAUACUCCCACCUGAAGUUCCCUUUCCAAUAUUUCCUGAACCCUUCUACACAUUCACAAUCUCUGAAGGGAUCAACAUUGGAACUGAGAUUGAUUUAAUUAGAGCAGAAAAUGAUCAACCAAUGGUCUACAGUCUUGUGAAGGGAAAUACCCCUGAAAGCAACAUGGAUCAAAUAUUUGCCAUAGAACAGGACACUGGAUGGUUAAAAACUGAAAAGAAACUUGAUCAUGAAACAACUAAAUGGUACCAGAUUACAGUCAUGGCACAAUAUCAUUUUGAGGAAUACGAAAUAGUUUCUUCUGUGGAUGUACGUAUUCAAGUGAAAGAUGAAAAUGACAACACCCCCAUUUUUGAUUCUAACCCAUAUGAAGCCUUUGUUGUGGAAAACUUACCUGAAGGUACCACAGUAAUUCAAGUGAAAGCGACUGAUCCGGAUUCUGGAGCCAAUGGUCAGGUAACUUACAGUUUAGCUCAAUCUCAGGAGUUUGAUCAUAUACUGGAGCUCUUUACCAUUAACAGUGAAACAGGUUGGAUAACUACUCUUAAAGAGUUGGACCAUGAGCAACAGAAGAAAUACAACGUCAUAGUAAUAGCAUCUGAUCAUGGAGAGAAGGUACAGUUGUCCACUUCAUCAGUGGUGGAUGUCACGGUUAGUGAUGUGAAUGACAACCCUCCACGCUUUACUGCUGAAGUCUACAAAGGGACUGUGAGUGAAGAUGACCCACCUGGCGGAGUGAUAGCCAUCUUGAGUACUAUAGACGCUGACACUGAAGAAGUCAAUAGACAAGUUACAUGCUACAUUACAGGAGGAGAUCCUCUGGGACAAUAUGCAAUUGAACACAUUCAGAAUGAAUGGAAGGUUUAUGUCAGAAAACCUUUGGAUAGAGAAAAGAAAGAUCAUUACCUUUUAAACAUUACAGCUACUGAUGGGACUUUAGUGGCCAAAGCAAUAGUAGAAGUUAAAGUCCUUGAUGCAAAUGAUAAUAGCCCUAUAUGUGAAAAGACAUUAUACACUGAGACCAUUGCAGAGGAUGUUCCUUCUGGCAAACUAAUCCUUGUGGUGUUGGCUGAAGAUGCAGAUAUCCGUUCAAAUGCUGAAAUCACUUACACACUCCAUGGAACUGGUGCAGAGAAAUUCAGACUAGAUCCAGACACUGGUGAAUUGAAAACUUCAGCUCCACUUGAUCGUGAACAACAUGCGGUUUAUAACCUAUUGAUGAGAGCCACUGAUGGAGGAGGUCGCUUCUGCCAGGCUGAUGUUGUUAUAAUACUGGAAGAUGUGAAUGAUAAUGCACCAAUAUUUUCAUCUGAUCCAUACACUGUAUCUGUCUUUGAAAACACAGCUAAUAAAACACUGCUAACGCGAGUUCAAGCCACUGAUCCAGAUACAGGUUUGAAUCGUAAGGUACUUUAUUCACUUGUGGAUUCUGCUGAUGAUCACUUCUCCAUUGAUGAGUUAUCUGGAAUCAUUAGUCUGGAGAAACCUUUAGAUCGAGAACUCCAAGCUUCAUACAGUCUUAUUGUGAAGGCCACUGAUCAAGGCGCACUCAAAAAACUAUCAUCCGUUUGUACAGUAUUGGUUUCCGUGCUCGAUAUCAAUGACAAUCCGCCUGUGUUUGAGCACAGAGAGUACCUAGCCACACUUUCUGAGGAUAUUCCUUUAGGAACUGAGAUUCUUCAGGUAUUUGCAGCCAGCAGGGACAUUGAGGCCAAUUCGGAGAUUACAUAUUCCAUCAUCAGUGGCAAUGAACAUGGAAAGUUCAGCAUAGAUGCAAAUGCAGGUGCUAUUUUUGUGCUUAAAAACCUGGACUUUGAGACAUCUCAUGAAUAUUACUUGACAGUUGAAGUCACGGAUGGUGGAACACCUUCGCUAAAUGAUGUAGCAACAGUGAAUAUCAAUGUGACGGACAUCAAUGACAACACUCCUAAGUUUAGCCACAAUGUAUACAUGGCAGUGAUAAGUGAAGAUGCUCCUUUGGGACAACUGGUUGUUACAGUGGUGGCUGAUGAUUCAGAUGGUCCAUCAAACAACCAGAUUCAUUACUCUAUUAUUAAUGGCAAUCAAGGAAACCCAUUUACCAUUGAUGUCACCAAUGGGGAGAUAAAAGUGGCGCAACAUUUGGACAGAGAAAAAAUAUCUGGCUAUACCCUGACAUUGCAAGCUUCAGACAAUGGUGUUCCACCUCGGUUCAAUACCACCACAGUCAAUAUUGAUGUUACUGAUAUCAAUGAUAAUCCUCCCAUGUUCUCACAGGCAAACUACAGUGUUAUCAUCCAGGAAAACAAGCCUGUUGGAUCCAGUGUCCUACAGCUCCAAGUGAUAGACAGGGAUUCCUCGCACAAUGGCCCUCCAUUCACUUUUACAAUCAUUGGUGGAAAUGAAGAGAAUGAAUUUCAGAUAAAUCCACAAGGUCUGCUCAUAUCAUCAUCUCAUCUCAACCACAAGGCCAAAGAUAUGUAUCUACUGCAAGUACAGGUAACUGAUAGUGGGCGACCUCCAUUAACCUCAUCAACCUUCAUAAAGCUUAAAAUUAUUGAGGAAAGUAUUUAUCCUCCAGCUAUUCUUCCCCUGGAAAUCCACAUAACUACUGUUGGAGAUGAGUAUGCAGGUGGUGUCAUUGGAAAGAUUCAUGCAACAGAUCAGGACAUUUAUGACACUCUCACGUAUAGUCUUGCAUCAAACAUGGGAAACUCAUUUGCAGUUUCCAGUACGGAUGGCAAAGUGAUCGCACAUAAGCUUUUGGAUGUUGGACAAUACGUUCUGAACGUCACUGUAACUGAUGGUCAAUUCACAACAGCUGCUGAUGUAUCUGUGCAUGUUAAGCAAGUAACUGAAAAUCAAGUCAACCACUCUAUUGCCAUUCGGUUUGCAAAUAUUACACCCGAAGAGUUUAUAGGAGAUUAUUGGCGGAACUUCCAAAGAGCAUUACGAAAUAUUCUUGGCGUUAGAAGGCAUGAUAUUCAUGUUAUUAGUUUGCAGCCUUCUGAACCACCUUCAAAUUUGGAUGUUCUCCUUACGGUCAAUAAAGCAAGUAGUUCUUUCCAUCUGCCUGAAGUCCUUUUCCACAAGCUGAACACCUCAGUAGUAGGCAUUGAAGAAAUGAUGGGUGUCCGAAUACUGAAAGUCAUUCAUAAACUUUGUGCUGGCCUAGACUGCCCUAUGAAAUAUUGUGAAGAAAAGAUUACUAUAGACACAAAUGCCAUGUCAACGCACAGCACUGCUAGGUUAAGCUUUGUAACCCCGCGGCAUCACAGAACAUCUGUCUGCCUUUGUAAAGGCAGCAAAUGCCGUUUGGUGCAUAAACCCUGUGAAGGUAAUCUUUGUUCUCCUGAUACUGAAUGUGUAUCUGAUGCAAAGGGAGAGAAUUAUAAUUGUUUAUGCAAUAAUGCCAAAGUCGGUCAAUGCUCUGGUGGUGCUUCUCUGUCAUUCAAUGGUAAUAGUUAUGUGAAAUAUCGCCUCAUGGAAAAUGAAAACAAAGAAGAAAUGAAACUCUCACUACGCCUACGGACUUAUCAUCCACAUGCAGUUGUUAUGUAUGCUAGAGGAACGGACUACAGCAUUCUAGAGAUUAACAAUGGAAGGCUGCAGUACAAAUUUGACUGUGGCAGUGGUCCAGGGACUGUUUCUGUACAGAGCAUUCAGAUCAAUGAUGGCGAAUGGCAUUCUGUUUCACUGGCAGUUGAUGGCAAUUAUGCAAGACUGGUUCUGGACAGGGUACACACAGCAGCUGGCACAGCUCCAGGCACCCUGAGGACACUAAACUUGGACAACUUUUUGUACUUUGGUGGCCAUAUCCGACAGCCACACACAAAGCAUGGUAGAAGCAUGCAGAUCAGUAAUGGCUUUAGAGGGUGUCUGGAGUCCAUUAUGCUAAAUGGUCAGGAGUUACCUUUGAGCAGUAAGCCAAGGGUCUACGCAGUCAUGGAGGAAUCAGUUGAAAUGUCUCCUGGAUGUUCUCUGGUGCUAGCAGAAGGCUGUUUGAGCAGUCCAUGCCUGAACAGUGGCACAUGCUCUUCAUUGUCCAGUGGAGGUUAUUUUUGUAAAUGUACUUCUUUGUUCAUGGGUAUUCAUUGUGAGGUUGCAGUCAGCCCUUGUGCCUCUAACCCAUGUCUAUAUGGUGGAACUUGCAUUCCAGUGAAUGAUGAUUAUAUCUGUCAAUGUAGAGGACAGUACACAGGACAAAGGUGUCAGAUGGGUCCAUACUGCAAAGAUAAUCCUUGUAAAAAUAAUGGCAGAUGUAUCGAUAGCCUUGAUGGCCCUGUUUGUGAGUGUGAACGAGGUUACCAUGGAGAAAGAUGCUUGGCUGAUAUUGAUGAAUGUCACGAAAAUCCAUGCCUCAAUGAAGGCAGGUGUGAAAACACAUACGGAUCCUUCUCUUGCAACUGUUCCCACGGCUUUAUUGGAAAACUUUGUGAUGAUACUGUUGUUAACAAAUAUGUAUCGACACCCUGGAACAUUGGCCUAGGAGAAGUUAUUGGAAUCAUAGUCUUUGUAGCAUCCAUAUUCAUCCUUGUUUUAGUCUUUGUUGGCUUCCGUAAGAAGAUUUGUAAAAAGAAGCAUCGUAAUGAUACUGGUGAAAAACGCAUUGGAGCUACGACGUCUUUCUUGCAAAAGAACUACUUUGAUUCUAAAAUUAGUAAAACCAUUUAUUCAGAUAUUCCACCACAGGUGCCUGUUCGUCCAAUUUCUUAUACUCCCAGUAUACCCAGUGACUCUAGAAACAACCUUGACCGAAAUUCUUUUGAAGGAUCUGCUAUACCAGAACAUCCAGAGUUCAGCACCUUCAACCCAGACUCAAUGCAUGGCCAUCGGAAAACUGUGGCCGUGUGCAGCGUUGCUCCAAACCUACCUCCUCCGCCUCCAUCCAACUCUCCUUCAGACUGUGAUUCCAUACAAAAACCUAGUUGGGACUAUGAAUAUGAUGCUAAAGUGGUGGAUCUCGAUCCCUGCCUAUCAAAGAAGCCUCUUGAGGACAAUGCUUGUCAUCCUUUUAACACCCGUGGAAGCAUCUCAGAAGUGCAGUCCCUUAGCUCUUUCCAGUCUGAAUCAUGUGAUGACAAUGCUUCCAUAGUGACUGUAAUACACCUUGUCAAUGCAGUUGUUGACUCGGUAGAAAAAGAAGAAACUUUUGCGGGUCAUGACCUCAAGAACCCAAGAGCAUAUCACUGGGACACAUCUGAUUGGAUGCCCAAUGUUCAACUACCUGGUAUCCAGGAGUACCCACAGUAUGAGGUAGUGGAACAUCCAGCCCCUCUUUAUUCUGAUCCGAAUGCCAUUGACACAGACUACUAUCCUGGCGGGUAUGACAUUGAAAGUGAUUUCCCGCCUCCUCCAGAUGAUUUUCCAAUUCAUGAGGAGCUACCACCAUUGCCCCCAGAAUACAAUGAGUUUGAUUCCAUACAGCCGCCACGGGACAUGCCCACGGCUGGAAGUCUGAAUUCAACGUCGCAAAGUAGACAGCAUUUUAACAUGAAUCAGUAUCUACCCCAUCACCACUAUUCAGCAAACCUCUCAGAACCUCAGAAUGCAGUCCCUGCUGGAAGCAGUUACAGAGGGGCCUACCCACCCUACUCUUUAACAUAUAAUGAUGACUUUGAACCGCCCAGCAUGGACAACAUGUCUAUGUCUGUGUACACAUCCACUACCGCCUCUUGCUCUGAUGUUUCAGCGUGCUGUGAGAUGGAAGAAUCUGAAGUCAUGAUGAGUGACUAUGAAAGUGGGGAUGAAGGCCACUUUGAUGAUGUGACUAUUCCACCACUGGAUUCUCAACAACACACAGAAGUCUGAUGAUUAACAAAAAUUAAAGUGCCUGGGCUUUAACUGAAAUGCAUCAUGUUACAGCUUCUAUAUUGGACAAGUACUCAAUGUUGUUUUUGCAUAUUGGUUUGCAAGUAUUGUUGAUGAGCUAAUUCCAGCAUGGCUGCACUGGAUCAUGCAGCAUGUUCCUACACAUCAGUUUCUUUUUUUCUGAGUUACUGGAACUGAACUUAAUAAUUUUCAUUUACAUUGGCUGUGCCAUUUCAGAAUGUGGUUUUGUAUCAGUAUCAACAUGCAAAGUAUUGAAGGAUUUUGAUAUCUGGCAUUAUAGUAACAAAACACCUUAUCAUUGUGGUAUUCUUGGUCUGUAUUUAUGUAGUCCUCCUAAUAAUCCAGAGAUUAAUUUUUUUAAGAUUUUUUUCCUGUCCUGCGAUUUCUUUUGUAAAUUUAAUGUACAGUUCUGAUUUAAAUAGUUUAAACUAGAUUUUGUAGAUAUUAUGUGGAUUUGUUUCCAGAAUUUUAGUGCUGUUCAAGUAUGUUAAUCAUUUGCAUUGACAUUGGCAUACCCUGACAGUUGUGUGCAAACUAGUGAUUGGGGUUUUACUCUUAAGUUUAUUAUUUCCAGUGAAUUUAAACAUUUCACCAUAAACAUUUUACCAAAUGUACCAAAAUGCCAAGUUGGUAUGAAUGAGUAGGUUUGUUUUGCUAUGUUGUUUGAGUCUGAUACAUAAAAAAAUGUCUUAACAGUGAGUGAUUGCAUUUCUAAUUGUAAAUUGUGUGGAAUUAUUUUUCAGUAAAAGGGGACCUACUGAAUUUUUAGAACCAAACUUUGCAUAACCUGACAAUGACUUUCUAAAGUUCUCUUUAUGUGGUGCAAUGGUCCUGAGGGUUUUUUUUAAUGAAACUCCCAUUAGCAUACACUUACUUACUUUGCAUUGGUAAUAAAUUGUGGAAAAUUAAUUGCCUUUUAUUGUGUUUUUGUGAAUUCGAAUAGAGUUGAACUUUGCUAGAGAAGAGUUCAGAAAUACAUUAACAAAACAAUUAUGCUCAGAUAAUUUGUUCUUUGUAGAUACUGUGUCCUUGAAUUUCCAUAGGCAUUUUCUCAAUCGCUUGCCGUAGCCCUGAGGAGAUCAGGGCAACUUAAAUGGAAAUUCAUAUAUGUGUGUAUACAUAUGUAAAAAAACACACACAGGAUGUACAUCUGUCUACAAAUUAUUUUCUGUAACCCUUUUUAUGUCAGCAUUUAUCCUGGGAAAACCAUAUUGAUGCAUUCAUAAUGCUGAAGCUGUAUGUCAGUUUUACAAUGGGAAAAUCAUGUUUUUUGGUCAUAAUUUCUUCACUCAAACGCUUUUGGAAAUAAUAAUGUUUAUUAUAUUUUUUCUCUGAUUCAAAUUUCUAAUGUCCAAAACAAAUGAAAAAAGUCAAAUUGCAUAUCUCACAGCAGCAUAGUGAAAUUUGCUUGCUCACUUUCUUGUGUCUUGAAAUACAUUCAUUAAAGUUUUUUUUUAACUU